GCGCGGAUCUUGUCGGUACAAUGUGAAUUCAGAAUCGACGUUUGCAGUCAGAGUCACCAGUGGUGCAUUGACAGCAGCGAAGAUGACCAGAGGCGCGAUACGGCCAUGUGAUCUGCCGAAGAUGGCGCUUUCUUUGAUUAAGGGGUGCCUCGUCUCAUCCGGUGCAGCUUCGUUGGAUAGGCGUCGCUGCUAUAAAGUCCCAGUCUCAAGCAAUAAUCGCCGCCAAUCAUCUGCUCCUAUCAUUUGCUCGCACAACCAACACUCCAAUAUGAGCACCGGCGACCCAUCGCCAGCCAGCGUCACUCCACUUCUAAGCGAUCUGCUCCGACAGUGCAACGUGACAAAAGGGUACCGAGUGGUCAACUCCAAACGAGCCCACCGCCUGCAAGAAAAGAUCUUGCAGCUCAUCCACAUCGACCGCAGCGAGAGUGGACCGAACUUUACCCACGGAUCUUAUUUGCGCAAAUGUCAAGCUGGCCAAAGUCAAGUGCCAGAGUACGUCCGGGUGGAGCGCAUCAAGCGGAAAGGUGAUAGGAGUAUGCGCAUCUAUGGUCCAAUCCUGAUCGGGGUGGAGUCGACACCUUUGUACCCUUUAGGUCCAGCAGACGCUUUGUUUGUCACACCACGAACAUUCAGUGGAAGCAUGGACGACUUUGAUGCCGUCGUGCAGGGUAUCAGCUGCAGCCACGAAUUUGACGAAACAACGACCUGCUUCACUAGACCCGAGGCAAAGCCUGCAUCAGUGGAACAAGCAUUCCAUCUGCACGACUUUGUGUACCUUCGAGCAUCCGGUAGAGACUGUGACCCGAGCCGUGCAGACCUGCUGCGCGUAGCGCAGAUCACCGAGUUACAGAGUGCUCAGCCGUCCAAAGUCUUGUUGCUUGACCCACACGAGGACAAAAGUAGACCAUACUUGCGUGCACAGGGCAAGUCGAUGCGCAUCAACUACAACCGUAUCCGAGGUCGUUGCUGGGUACAGACGGUGCCUUUAGUCGCCCAAGCGGACGAUGAGAUGAGCCAGCAUUUCGAUAAAGACACCUUCUACGUCAUCGGUCAGACUCUACCCGUGUGCAAAGAGUGCGCAUCUUCACAUGAAAGGCGGCACAACGUGAGGAGAAAGUUGGCACAAAAGCCACUAGCUGUGCUCGACUUGUUCUCUGGUGCAGGCGGCUUGGGCUUGGGAUUUGCGCAAUCCGAGAUCGCCGAGUGUCGCUGGGCGAUAGAGCAGGACAUUUGCGCUGCAAAGACAUUCUCGGCCACACAUCCUGGGGCGCAGGUGUACGCUGGCGACGCCAAUGAUGCGUUGAUCGCCGUAAUUGCCAAGCAGUUUCACGGUGUUCUUCCUCGACCUGGAGAGGUGGACGUCAUUCUUACCGGCCCACCGUGUCAGGGCUUCACACUGGCAAACUGCAACCACUCAGACGAAGAUCCGCGUAACUUGCUGGUUCCGGUGGCAUUAUCAUAUAUCGAUAUCUACAGACCUAGAUGGGCCAUCAUCGAAAAUGUGACUGGCCUGGUUGACAAGAACAACGGCACCGUCGGAGACGUCAAGCAAGGAAUGCCACGUCUGAUCAUGUCAGCACUGGUGACUUUGGGUUACAGCGUGCGUCUGGCGACCAUCUCAGCAGCGUCGAUGGGUGUGCCCCAGUCCAGAACGCGUGUGGUGGUCGUUGCCGCCAAGGCAGGCGAAGUGCUGCCCGAUUUGCCUCUUCCCAGUCACACUGUUCCAGGAAGUCAGUCUACGCGAGAAUGGUCCAUCCUAUCCGGCUUGGACGACACCGUUGAAUUCAAAGUAGCUUCUAGGCGCAGAGAUGACGGACAAGCGCCCAGACGAUGGGUGUCGGCCUGGGAAGCCGUCGGAGACCUCGAGCGUUUCGACUGGGAAAACCCACACAUCAUUUACCCAGCAGAUAAGGACGACCCCGAAGACUCGUACCGCCAGCGUCGCCUUUUGAAGGUGCCAUCAUUUGCCUGCAACCUUGUCCCAGGCUCGCGCACCUUGGGCAUCGGGCCAGUCAAGUCAAAGUAUCACUCGAGACCAAAGUCGGAGCAUCAGUUGCUAGCAAGGUCUUGGAGGAGGAAAAAGAGCGACGCGGGCGAAGAGCAAGUCUCUCAGCAUCGGACAGUAGCUCCGACGCUAGGAGAUGCAGAGAGGGUGGCAAACGUGGAUCUGAAGCCUGGGGCCAACCACCUGAGUUGGCGUCCAUUUAGACCACGGUUGACGCCGCACUACCUGCGCUUCUCAUCCGAGGCUUUCGGCAACAACAAUUGCUACCCUUCAGCUUACCAGCGUUCCGACCCCGAGGAGAUCUUCAGCACGACGCUCACCGAAAUUUCACCUUCCUCUUUGCACGGCACCGUACUUCACUGGAACCAGUACAGGACGCUGAGCAUUCGAGAGGCCGCCAGAUCUCAAGGUUUCCCAGAUUGGUUACACUUCGAGACUGGCGGCGACUUUGCCAACGCUGCGAAACAAAUUGGCAAUGCCGUGCCGAUCCCCUUGGCUAGUGCGCUUGGCGUGGCUUUGCGAGAGGCAAUAAUCGACCGGACUGUGCGGCACCGUCCCACGGAGCAGAAAGCACCUGCGAUAAUUCCCGCCGCGCCACCCGACUCUCAACCACGAGACAACAUCCACCACCAUGGAGCCGCCCCGAGUGCCGCAAUUGCUGGCGGCAGAGGGAACGGGGUACCCGCUGCAUGCUUCCAAGUGGCAAAAAUUCCCCCAUUCAAGCAGAAACGCACGGCACAAUGAGGGUUUUAAUUUCACGAUUGUGAUUGGGAUUGGAGAAUGUUGUUCUUCUCUGCAAAUCCAGCGCUCGCAAUGGCUCUGACAUUUCUGCGAACGGUUUCGAAGAUGCUGCGUAGAUGUCGUCGAAGCGCAAAGGGC